GAUUGUCGUAGUGUACGUACGUCUUAGAUUGACUACAAAAUGCGCUUAGUUUUCUUGUUCGCUUCGAUUCAGUGAAUGCAGCAUAAUCAAGAAAAUUGCAAGCGAUAAGAGCUGAUCUAGAUUUGAUUCGUCGAAUUCGAUUCGUCGACAUUGAGAGGCAUGGUGUAAAACGUUUUGCAGAAUUUGUAUUUAAAAACGAGUUAGUUUAUGAAAAGCGCUUAAACGCUCUUCACAGAUCGCACACAUCACAUAGUUGCUACGUGAAGGAAGACAAUAACAGAAAAAUGUUUUUUAUUAAAACAUUUGCUAUAACUAUUUUAAUUGCUGCCCUUGCUUAUCACUCCGUCAGUAAACCGACUGAAGGGCGUUCUUCGACUACCAAUGAAACCGAUGAAGAAGUUUUAAAUGAAACUGCAAAAGUGCUGGAGAAUUCUUUAAAUAAAUUGGCUGCCAGCGACGAUGGCCCCCAUUACAAGUUGACAAAAAUGCUUGGAGCAGUCCGAGGAUUAGGUUUGUUUGGUAAUUUGUAUGGCAUGAAAGCUGAUCUAGCUGAUGAAAAUGGCGAGAGUAAGACUUGCUCCAUUGAAAUUUGGUCACCAGGCGAUAAGCCUGAGGUGCAAGUAACAUUUGAAUGCGAGGGUGAAGAAAAGUUGGUUAAAACACAUGAGAAAUAAUGUAAACAAUUUCUGUGGAAAUAAAAUAUCGCAGUCACUGCCUCUGCUACCUAGUAGUGUAGUGAUGUGUCGCAUACCCGUGAA